UGUGACGCGUCGCCAGCAGCCAUUAGCACUGGUUAGCCCGGGCUCGUUGGACUUGUCUCUCCUCGUUUCCGUCCUCCACACAGCGGCGAGGCAACACAAAAACACACAAAAAUGGACAACAGCGGGAAAGAGAAGGAGGCCACGGCCCUGAUGGCGGAGGCGGACAAGAAGAUGCGGUCCUCGUCGUCGUUCUUCGGGGCGAUGUUCGGGGGUUCCUCCAAGCUGGAAGAGGCCUGUGACAUGUAUGUGAGGGCAGCCAACAUGUUCAAAAUGGCCAAAAAUUGGUGCGCUGCAGGAAACGCGUUCUCCCAGGCCGCUCGCCUCCACCUGCAGAUGCAGAGCAAACACGACGCAGCGACCAACUUCAUAGACGCUGGAAACGCCUUCAAAAAAGCAGAUCCGCAAGAGGCCAUAAACUGCUUAAACCGAGCUAUUGAGAUCUACACAGAUAUGGGCCGCUUCACCAUCGCAGCCAAACACCACAUCUCCAUCGCUGAGAUAUACGAGACGGAGCUGGUGGACAUCGACAAGGCCAUUGCUCAUUAUGAACAGGCAGCAGAUUAUUACAAAGGGGAAGAAUCCACCAGUUCUGCAAACAAGUGCCUUCUGAAAGUAGCAACCUACGCAGCUCAGCUGGAGCAGUACCCGAAAGCUAUCGAGAUCUACGAGCAGGUGGGAACCCACGCGAUGGACAGCACGCUCCUGAAAUACAGUGCCAAGGAUCACUUCUUCAAGGCAGCGCUCUGUCACUUCUGUGUAGACAUGCUGAAUGCAAAACUCGCUGUGCAGAAGUACGAAGAAAUGUUCCCGGCCUUCUCAGACUCCAGAGAAUACAAACUGGUGAAGAAACUGCUGGAUGCCUUUGAAGAACAGAAUGUGGAGGCCUACACUGAUUCGGUGAAAGAAUACGACACCAUUUCCCGGUUGGACCAGUGGCUCACCACCAUGCUUCUCCGCAUCAAGAAAACCAUACAGGACGACGAGAGCGACCUUCGCUGACUCCCCCCCCCCCGGCCCCCCAAAGCUCUCAACAACAAGCUUGCAUCCUUCGUUUUUGCCUCGAGCCCUUCACUUCCUUUCUAGAAGCAUAUCUUAAAAAAAUCUUGAACAUUAGACCUUAUACAUCUUCGCAAAUACUGUUUUCCUUCGUACCAUCUGCAGUAUUCUCUCUUGCCUUUUUUAAUCUGCUCAACUCGAUGCUCCAAGAUGUUUGCUCUUUAUAGUUAUGAACACUAUUUACCUGAGUGCACUCAGCACACAGUAUGUUAGUUUAUCGUUAUGAUAAGUGUAUUGGCCCAGUUUUAUUUAAAAAGUUUCAUAAUUGGGCUGCAAUACCAAAUACUCAUACCAGCACAUUUACAAAAUAAAGACUUCAUUUUAUUUUCAUUAAUGUAUAGAUGAAUGAGAGGAUGCCAACUUAUUAACACUUCGACCUGCGAGAUAUAUAUUUUUCAGAAUGUGCUUUAGAAUCCAAGGAAACUGACCAACAUGCCCGUUUGGACAGAAGCGGUCAAAUUGGUUUUUGGUCCUUUGGAAACCUGGGUCAUAUCAGAGCGUCUCUAAUUGAAACCGCACUUCAUCUCAGCUGCAGGGCUCCUCUCCCAGCAGAGAGGCCAGGAGCUCCUGAAGUUAAACCCCCUCUGCCUUAUACCGCCAAGUUCUCAGGACGCAAACAGCUACAUUUGCUGAAAAAGAGAUAAUAAUAAUAAUAUAAGCGUUAUCGAUGAAUUUGCUAAUUGUCUUUGUAACUUCCACUUAAAGUACUUUAAUUCCACAAAAGAAGGUGAAAAUAAACCUUUAAACAUUUGCCUGGUUUGGUCUUAAUGAGAAAACUAAAGAGCGUUUGCCACCGUAUGGGAGAUAUUUCAAGUUUUGUUUUUGUUAUUGACUGAUAAGUGUUUUGUUUUUCUGUCUUAACCAACCAGGCUGUACAAAUACGUUCUAACAGCCUGCACCGAGAUGCAAUACAGUGAAGAAAAAAAGGAAGUUUACUGAUCUGAAAACUAUGCUCAUGUAUCCUGGUGAUGAUUAUGUGAAUAGACAGUUUGGUCUUAAAUGAUUUGUAAAUCAGUGAUGUUUCCUGUCAAAAUGAUUAAAUAAACCUGUCUUGAGUACAUCCUCCCA